UCGAAAAUCGCGAUCAGUUUUGAUUUUUACUCGCUCAAGCGAAGUUUACUAAAUUUCCAAGCAGCGUUCGUACAACAAAUAUUUUUAUUACAAAACUAAAAAAUUUGUAAAAAAAAUAAAAUAAUGCGUUUAUUCAACGCUUUAUUGCUACUAUUGGCAUUGCUAGCGCCGCCAAGCGCUUUGGCUGCCGAUAAGAACCUAGUGUGCUUCUAUGAUUCAGCGAGUUAUCUACGUCAAGGUUUCGCCAAAUUACUACCCACCGAUCUGGAACUCGGCCUUAACUUCUGCUCGCAUCUUAUCUACGGCUAUGCUGGCCUUAAACCGCAAACACACGAGGUCUACAGUCUCAAUGUCGAUCUUGAUAUGUUUCAUUAUCACGAGAUUCUGUUGUUGAAGGCGAAAUACCCGAAGAUGAAGGUGUUCCUUAGCGUUGGCGGCGAUCGUGAUGUGGACGAAGCGAAUCCGCUCAAAUAUAUUGGCCUGCUGGAGAGUGGCAGUGAGGGACAACAGCAGUUUAUUGAUAGCUCUAUUGCGUUGCUGAAGCGUAAUGGUUUUGACGGUUUGGAUUUGGCCUUCCAAUUGCCACGCAAUAAGCCGCGUAAGGUGCAUGGUACUGUGGGUUCUUAUUGGAAGAAAUUUAAGAAGCUCUUCACCGGCGAUUUCGUUGUGGAUCCUCAGGCUGGUGUGCAUAAGGAACAGUUUACGGAAUUUUCGAAAAAUUUGCGUGCGGCAUUGCAGCGUUCGAAUCUUUCGUUGGCGUUGACCGUUUUGCCGAAUGUCAAUUCGACAUGGUACUUCGAUGUGCCAAAAAUCAAGAACAAUUUCGAGUUCAUCAAUCUACUAGCCUUCGACUUCCUCACACCGAAUCGUAAUCCAGACGAAGCCGAUUAUACCGCACCAAUCUAUCCACUCACGGAACAAAAUCGUCUGCCACACUACAAUAUCGAGUAUCAAGUAGAUUAUUGGUUGCAGAAUCAAUGUCCCGGCGAGAAGCUCAAUCUCGGCAUUGCCACAUAUGGACGCGCAUGGCGCAUAACACCCGAUUCGGGUUUAACCGGUGUACCCGUCAUACCGGAAACGGAUGGACCUGCACCGGCGGGCCUACAAUCACAAAUACCCGGACUGCUGAGCUGGCCGGAGAUUUGCGCCAAAAUGCCAAAUGACGUGAAUGCCGAUUAUCGUGGUGAGAAUGCGCCGUUACGCAAGGUAAUCGAUUUGGUGCAGCGUUAUGGCAAUUAUGCCUUCCGACCGGCCGAUGAAAAUGGUGAGCACGGCAUGUGGGUGAGCUAUGAUGAUCCGGACUUUGCAUCGAUCAAGGCGAGCUAUGUGCGCACAAAGGGUCUGGGCGGUGUGGCGCUCUACGAUUUGAGUUAUGACGAUUUCCGUGGCUUGUGUACAGGGCUGAAAUUUCCCAUAUUGCGUGCGAUUAAGCAAUUCUUAUAAGUUUUGUUAUGAUUAGUUUAGUGUUUGUAUAUACAUGUAUGUAUGUAUUGCUUUAUUAAUGAUUGUAGCAAUUUUAAUAAAAUCUAAUGUGUACUACAAA